GGCUUUUAUGUCCUCGUUUCCUUGUUUGGACGAUUGAAAGAACGGAUAAGUGAACGAAGGCGGCGAGAAGGAAGCACGAAUGGGAAACAACUAUGGUUCGGUGGGCGAAAUCACGAGGAGGAGGGACGAGGGAACAGACAAUCUCCUGCGAGCCUUCUUGGGUUUCUUUCUCGUCGCCGACAGUAGGAAAAACGAAGGGGCAACAACAUCAGCGACUAGCGACGAUGGGGAGGUGUCCGAGGUGGCUGAUAGAUCGCGAGGAGGGGGAAGCUUCGGUGUUUGGCCGAACCGAAAAAAGGGGGAAGAGAUGAAUGCGACGAGGCUGCUCUUCUUCUGUCUCGGAAAGGGUUGCGAAGGGAAGUGGAUGGUUGUCCCGAUGGAGCAAGGCAGUAGCAACAACAGCGGAGAUAGGAUCGUCGGAGGUAGUUGCUCGAUGAAGAAGGUGUGGGAUGCGAGGGGUCUCCUGCUAGUCGUUGAGGAGAAAGAACGAGGGUGGAGUAUCAUCGAAUGGGUAGUGGAGUGUGGUUCGAUCGAUUCUGAAGGGCAAAGGAGGGAGGCAUUCAACCUUUGGCGACCCUCCUUGUGGUUUCUUUCUUCCUUUGGUCUGAUCGUUAGCAAUACAAUUGGGAAAAUUGUAGCACCUAGUUCUUGGAGGAAGGAGAAAAGCCUGAGGAAGCAAGUAGAGACCAAGGGAACCCGAGUUUGUGCACCUCCUAUAGCUUACAAAGAAUUUUUCAGCAAUAUAUUUGAAUAUAUAGACCAGAUGGAGUCGCAACAAGAGCUUAAAUAA